UGUAGCACGCGACGCCAGAUUACACAGCACAUCUGAAAAAUUAGUUAAUACAAUUUUAUUUAUUUUUUGCGCUACGUAAUACAAUAUUUAUUCAAAUUUCAGAGAAGCUUUUUCAGUGUGCUUUUAAAUUAAGCUUAUCGGAAAGUGAUAAGCUCGACUAAAAAUUGUGUACAGUGUUUUUUAAUUAAUUUUAACCUCUAACAGCACGACAUUUAUUUUUUCUUUUAAUAAAUAAAUAUGAGGCCAAGUAACAAGUACGACGAUGACGAAGACCGAGAGGCGGAAAGAAAAAAGCGUCGUUUGGAGUGGAUGAUACAGCAACAGAAGGCUCGCGAGCACGAGCGCCUGAAGCAGAAAAAAAUCGAGGAAUACGAGCGCAAACGACUGGAAAUGCUCAAGUCGAAGUCGGUGGACAAAUCCUCCAACCAUUCCGAUGACUCGCAGCAUCGAUACUCCUCGAAGAGCAGAAAUGAUCGCUCGGAUGUUAUGUCCAAAAAAUUCAACUCGGAGGACAAGAAGCCAUUUUUCAACGGACCAGAGCGAGCGAGAAAAAUCAGUCCAGAAGAGUCAAGAACGAUAGUGGUUAAAAUUGAUCGUAAUAUUCCAAGUUCUGCCGUAGAACAUGGCCCACUCAAGUACGGGUUAAUUAACCCGGAAGAUGUUUCUCUCAAAAGGAGAAAUGGUAAUUUAAGAUGUUAUUUUACAUCGCUUACUAAAUUACGUGAAGCGAUAUCGCUAGUCUCUUGCAGAACCAGUCGUAAUAAUCUUCAAAAAGCUAUGGAGACGAGCAAUAACUGCGAAAAAGUUCCCGUUGAACAAGAGUUGGACGAAGAGAGAAAACAACGUAGAAUAGAAUGGAUGAUACUGCAACGGAAGGCUCGUGAGUAUGAACGCAAGAAAAGGAAAAAAAUUGAAGAAUACGAACGAAAACGACGCGAAAUGCUCAAGUCGAAGUCUGGUAAAAUAUCUGGUCAUUCCGAUGAUUCUUCUCACCGUGGAGACUCCUCGAAACAUAUAAAUGAUCGUUCGGAUGUUAUGUCUAAUAGAUUCAACUCAGGGGACGAGAAAUCUUCUGUUAAUCGGCCAGAAGGAGCUAGAAAAGAUAAUCCAGGAGACUUGAUAAAGAUGGUAGUUAUAAACGAUAAAGAUUCGCCAAGCCCCAAUACUGAAAGUCAGCAAAUCAAGUAUGGAUUAAUUUAUCCAGAAGAUGUUAUUUUGUGCAGAAGAAAUGGAGAAGGAGCCAAGCCUCUAUUUGAGAGAGAAGAAUUCAAGAAUCAUUCAUCGAAUGAAGACGUCGAAGAGCGUCGUUCUGUCACGGUUAUUCAUAAAAGUAACCCAGCGAAAAGUCCUCGCGAACGAAGAUCUCGAUCGUUAAGUCCGCGUCGGUCCAAAAACAGAAGUCCUAGUCCACGCAAGCGCGUCGACCACUCUAGCUCUAAUUCACAUCGCUCUAGGUACGAAGAAUAUCCGAAGACUCGUUCAGAAGAUAGACACCAUCACAGGAAUUCCGAUAGAAGAAGCUACUCCAGCGAAAGAAGCCACCGUAGAGAAGAUUCCCAUCGUCAUCGAGACAUAUCCGAGCAUCGAAGAUCGUCGAGGAGUCGUUACGAUUCAAGAGAUCGAGAUGAUCGCUAUCAUCGAGAUGAACGUCAUCAUUCACGCCGAAGACAGUCGGAAGAGCGACAGCCACCACAGCCGGCUUACAUACCGUAUCCGGUAUUUUACAGCGGAUUCCCUCCGAGACCGCCAAUGAUGAUGGAGUCGAGUUUACCAGGUAUGAGGGUACCGGUUCCGCCUCCCAUAGGCAGAGGACGUUUUCCCAUGCCCAUUCGUCCACCGAUGCCAUUGAGAUUCAUGGUGCCACCUGAACCUCACUUUCAUCAAAUGCGAGAUGCCAAUGAUAGAAACGCGUAAGCGCGUGUUUCUGUGAUCAAAUAUAGUUUUGAUACUUAUCUUAAGCUAAUUUAAGUAAAGUUUUAUUUUUUUAUUUGUUUUAUGUGUCACAAGUAUUCCAUUGAGUCUUUUUCUUCAAUUGAUUUAUAUUUGAAAGCAAUAUAUUAUUGCAAUACUUCGUGGAUUGUGUGAACCAUUUUUAAUCAAAAUAAAAAAAAUACA